AUGAGCAGUAAACAAGACUCCGCAUGGAAUGGGCCUUGGCGCGUGUACACUGUCUUUCAAAAAGCACUCGAAAGCACUCCCGUCCAUGGACGGGAAAAUACUGGAGGCAAAUUGGAAGAAAUAGUGCUAGUUCUAAAGGCUAAAACUCAAGAACUUGCAAAGCAAGUCUCACAACUGAAAUCUGAAAAUGAGCAACUGGUCAGUCUCAGGGACGACUACAAGAUAUUGAAGCAUGACUUUGAGAACAUCAGGCACGCUACUGGGAAGCUGGGGAAUGACUGCGAGAACAUGAGAAAAGAGCACGAAAACCUCAAGUCUAGCUUCCAGGAACAUCUAUUGGAAAGAGACAAACUUCAGCUUCAACUGAACACCACGGAAGGAAGACUCCAAUAUCUGGAGGCUAUUAGCCUGCAAAUAACACCCCGAAUGUGUCAGACGCUUGCAGACUUGGGGGUGACACGGACAGGAGAAUACCUCGUGGAUCCUGACGGAGUUUCGAUCGGCGAUGCACCCAUCAAAGUGCUCUGUGAUAUGGAGUCAGGUAAGAUUCCGCCCCCGGUUAAUCCAGCACAAUCCUGUUCAACUCUUCGCCAAGUUGGAAAUGCUCACACUGGUUAUUACUUGGUCAACUCCCAGAAGGGUCGCUUGGAAGUUGUUAUGUGUAGGAUGGAUUUGGAGGAGACCGACUCGAAGUUUCAGGUAGAGACCAAUGCACGUAUUGCCGGGAGAGGUUUUCUUCAUGGCAAGGUUACUCCACCGGAUAAUCCAGCACAAUCCUGUUCAACCCUUCGCCAAGCUGGAAACGCUCACACUGGCUAUUACUUGGUCAACUCCCAGAAGGGUCGCUUGGAAGUUGUUAUGUGUAGGAUGGAUUUGGAGGAGACCGAUUCGAAGUUUCAGGUAGAAACCAAUGCACGUAUUGCCACGGCAGGUUUUCUCCAUGGCAAGGUUACUCCCCCGGUUAAUCCAGCACAAUCCUGUUCAACCCUUCGCCAAGCUGGAAACGCUCAUCCUGGUUAUUACAUUAUCGACUCCAAGAAAAGUCGCUUGGAUGUUGUUAUGUGCAGGAUGGAUAUGGAGGAGACCGACCCGAAGUUUCAGGUGGAGACUAGUGUACAUAUUGCAGGGGAAGGUGGUGUUUCUCUCGUAGAUGUCCAAUCAACUGCCUUUCAUCUGCUGAAACAAGGCGCGAAACUGUGGCCUCUUGCUGGAACUCGGAAGGAUGUAGUAAAGGCGAUGAACGCGGUGGAUUGCGGCUCCAUUUGCCAUUCUCUUGGAAUGAUUUGCAAUGCCUUCAACUGGUAUCCAAGAAAUUUCAAGUGUGAGUUCGUGAACACUCUAAAUGCCACGUUACAAGAUGCCCCUGGUGCGAUGGUCUAUGUCAGUGCCUUUGUAGCAUUCAGUGGUUGCCUGACACCUCCUCCUUCGAUGGAGAAUCGAACGAUGAAUUUCUCGUACGGAUGGAAUGGCAUCCUCCCGGCGCCUUUGCUCUCCGAAGUCUCAUAUGACUGCCCGCGGCAUUCCCGUUGUCCUCUCAAGGCCACAUGCGUUGCCUUCAACACGUGGAAAAUCCCGAAUCAAGACGUCACGCCGCCCUGCCCGGGAAGCGUUCCUCUGGCAGAAGGUUACAAGUUGUUUCAAGAAGAUGGUCGGUUUUACAAGUACUACCCAAGGGAAAUGAAUUGGAAUGAUGCGAGUCAGGUCUGCUGCCUGGAUGGGGCCCGACUCGCUUCCGACACGAGCCCCACAGUCUACAAAGCGAUCAGAAGUGUCACCGGUGGGACGAUCUGGCAAGGUGCCACCGACGAACUCGUGGAAGGCACAUGGAUAUACGUAGACCCAAGUGAGUAUGAAUCCAUCACAUUCGGUUUGCAUCAUUGA